ACCGAGAAAUUGCAGCUAGGUAAAGCCUUAUAGCUAAUGAGAUAAACCCCUGAUAUAAACCCUUCUCCAAGAAUGAAGAGCCAGAUAUACAACCAGAGAGACCUCACUUUCUGAUUCUGAAAUGAUGCCUGAGAGUUCAGACGGGGAUAGACAAAUGGGCAAGAGGCCCAGAGUUGAUGAUACUUUGGUUAAAUGGGACAAGUACAAUGAAAAUUCUGAUUUUGCAAAAGAUGGAUUUGUCAAUCGAAUGCCACAUAAAAUGCCAACCACAGGAGCUAGAAAGGGUUGUAUGAGAGGAAAAGGGGGGCCUGAGAAUUUAAAUUCCAGUUAUAGAGGUGUUAGCCAGGGGAUUUGGGGCAAAUGGGUUUCUGAAAGUCGAGUGCCAAGUAGUAAUACACAUGGUCUGACGUUGAAGAAGGUUGCUCGUUCAUGGCUUGGUACUUUUGAUACUGCUGUUGAAGUUGCACUUGCUUAUGAUAAAGCUGCAAAGGCCAUGUAUGGUCCUGUGGCUAGGCUUAACUUCCCCAAGUCUUUGGAAACAUCAAUCUCGGAUGAGACCACAGAAUCGGAAGAUGAGGUGUUUGAUGCAACUGUAAGAGAGCCUGUAAAUGAGUGGCAUUGGGAAGCUGACAGUGUCAAAGGUGAAUUACAAAUGGAGGACGAGCUUGUUAAUAAUGAUGUAGAAGUUGAAGAACUGGCUAUCAACAAUGUAAGGGAGUCUGUAGAUGAAUGGCAUUCAGAACCCAAGGAGUCUGAAGAUGUACGGCCUUGGGAACCCAAGUAUGUGGAAUGUGAAUUGGAAAAUGAGGACCAGCUUGUUACAAAUGAUGUUGAAGUUGAAGCAGUCACUACAAACAAUGUAAGGGAGUACGAAAAUCUUCUUCAAAGUAAUGCUGAAGUUGAAAGACUUGCUAUGAACAAUGUAACAGAGGAAUUUCAAGCUGGGAGUUAUGUUGGCAGCUCCAAGCAUUGGCAUGAUAAUCAUUUGGAUAAUUAUCUUCAGGUUGGGAAAUUUGAUUCAGUACCUAAUGAGAAGCCUUAUACUAAUUUGGACUUUUCGGAUAUUAUUUCGAGAUACAGUAAUGAUUACUUAGACACUGAGCUUGCAGAUAUGAAGUGCAAUCCAAAAAAUGAUUGCAACCAUUCAAAUGAUGUUACAGUUGAUACCCCGGUAAUGAGCAAACCCAUGAGAAAAAAUUUGCUGUGAUUCUGGAAUCUGGAGACAACAAUCUGCAUAACCGAUAAAUGUGGCAAGCAACAAUCUCCAUAUAUUCUGAUGGAAACCGAAUUUUCAUUCGAGUCCUUGAUAUCAUUUUAUGAAACAUUUGUAGG